GAUUAUUACUCGCAUUGACAAUCGAUCAUACGCAUGACUCUCUAUUUUAUCUUAAUCUAUGCUCGAGAAGAAUAUCAGACAAAGAGCUUGUCUGACAGAAAAAUCAAGGAAUAAUGGAUAACUGACCGAAAAAAUUCCAAUGAAUAACUUUCAAUUCAACAAAAUAGUUGAAACAAAAUGAUCGCUCUUCACAAAGUUUAGACUUUGACUAAAACAGAUUUCUCAUGUUGUAGCAAAUCCGAUUUCCGUGAAGAAAAAGUUCUCUCUCUCUCAUUUUAUAGUUUUUCUUGUCUCUAUUUUAGACUAUUCAUUACAUUCUCCAUUCAGCACCAACAUUCAUCCGAAUGCUCGAUGGCAACAGAAUGGUAUCACUGUGGCUGGAGGAAAUCGACGAGGCAAUGGAAUCAAUCAACUCUCAGACCCAUGUGGUUUGUAUGUUGAUGAUGAUCAAACAAUCUAUGUUGCUGAUACAUCGAAUCAUCGUAUUGUGGAAUGGAAACGAGGUGCAACAAGUGGCCAAGUGGUUGCCGGUGGAAAUGGACAAGGAAGUGGAGAUCAUCACUUGGAUAGCCCAUAUGAUGUGAUUAUCGACAAAGAGAGAGAUAGUCUCAUCAUAUGCGAUUAUUUGAAUAGAAGAGUGGUUCGAUGGCCUCGUCGAAAUGGGACAAGUGGAGAAACAAUCAUCUCCAACAUCUCAUGUGUGGGUUUGACAAUGGACGAGAAUGGAUCUCUCUAUGUCAUUGAUGAUGGAAAAGCUGAAGUGAGACGAUAUCGAAAAGGAGAAUCUCAAGGAACAGUGGUUGCAGGCGGCAAUGGACGUGGAAAUCGUCUGGAUCAACUCUCUCGCCCACAAUACGUAUUCGUCGAUCGAGAUCAUUCAGUGUACGUAACUGAAUGGGACAAUCAUCGUGUGAUGAAAUGGAUGGAAGGUGCAAAACAAGGCAUUGUCGUGGCUAGUGGUCAAGGAGAAGGAAAUGGUCUUACACAAUUGUCUUGUCCUCAGGGAGUCGUUGUCGAUCAAUUGGGCACUGUCUAUGUGGCUGAUCUAGGGAAUAAUCGAAUCAUGCGUUGGCCUAAAGGAGCCACACAAGGAAGUGUCAUUGUUGGUGGAAACGGUAAACGAGGACAAUUGAACCAACUCAACCAAUAUCAAUUCAAAUGGGUAACGGAUGUUGCGCUGACAGAUGUUCCUAAAUGUGCUUUUUUUCGUGAGAACGAUUCUUGGAAUAAAUGA